ACACUAAACUCGUAUUCAUUCACACAGUGUACAGAGAUUGUUAGCUGAAAGAGUAUACUUGAACUUAUCGGUAGGCUACUGCCCCUAUAUUUUCUUCGUCAUGGCUUCUAAGUUCCCAACAAAGAAGAACGGAGAGGUCGAACUUCGUACAAGGAAAGGUCAUGACAUGACAUGGUCAUGUGAUGACCAUGGUGAACCAAUCAAAUUCUACUGCUUAGAACACAAAUUGCCAAUUUGUCAUCCAUGCGCGACCAAAGAUCAUCAGAAACCAUGCAAGCUGAAAAACAUCCAGGAUAUCAUCUCCCAGAGGAGGGAGAAUUUGGAUGACAAAAAACCAAAGAUAGAAGAAACGAAGAAACGACUGAAAACUCUGGUCUCCAAAAUAGAAACCGUUGCGACGUCUGCAAGUAGAAGCAUUGACGCAGUCAAGGACCAAGUGAAGAUGACAUUCGAAGACAAGUUAAAGAGUGUAAGGGAUAAGAAAGUGGGAAUGGUUCGAGAGAUUAACGAAGAGGCAGAUGAGGAAAUUAGAAUGAUUCAUGAGAAAAUGAACAAACGGAUCAAGGAUUGCAACACUGAGAUAGAAAAGGAAGAAAAAAUCAUCAAAGACAAAGAAGCUAAAUUGUUAUCAGAUACAAAGACAAUCAGUGAGGUAGUUACUAAGAAGACAAAUAAUCUCUCUUGUAAAAAUCAGCAUGCAAUAAACACUUUGAUGAAUAUUGAAUCAACCAUCAAACGUGUAAACCAACAUGAUGAAACAUUGGUGAAUGAAGCUCCUCAAGUACUUGCAUCUAUUGAUGAAAAUUUAAGUUUGAAUGUUCAUCAAGAUGUUAGCGAUUGUCUUGACCGAAUACAGAGUGAAGUUGAGAGAGUGAAGUUUGUAGAGAGGGAAGUAGGUGGAGAAUACUAUGGUAGAAUUGGUGGGUAUAUCGGUAAAUGGGAACUUGUCAAGUCAAUCCACAUUCCAUCGGUUGUUAAUAAGCCGCGUGUGUGUGGUUUAGUCAGUGAUGAUGAGAUAUGUGUGCGAGACGAAGAUAACAAUGUCAUGUAUAUUACAAACAUCAACACUCAACACACAGAGAAAGUCAUUGAUGAAGGUGUGUGGAUUACAUCAUGUGCGCCCAUAGACAGUAACGUAAUAGUAUGUGGUAAGGAGAGAGAUGAUUGCACGGAUGACAGGUUGGAUGGAUGCAUCACUCUCUAUGACAGACAAUGGAAGGUGAUUAGAGACAUCAGCAGUAAUAGUGUGUAUGUUGAUGUUGACAAGGAUGGGAUGAUCCUCACUGGUCAGUUCGAUCAGUCUAAUAUCUACAUCAUCAAUCCUGCUGAUGAUAAGAUAGUAAACACUAUUACGAUGCAGGGUAAGGUGGUGUGGGGUGAGAUACAAGCCUUGUCAUCAGGUGAUAUCGUUGUGUGUACAGGUCGUAAUAAAUACACUGUCAUCUCACGAUCAGGAGAAGAGAAGGCUGUCAUACACUGUGAUGGGUCGGACUGGCCACAGUGUCGCGUUGACAAACUGACAGACACACUCUACAUCGCGUACUGGGGUGGAGCGCGUAAUCCCAUCGCAGUUGAUCAGGUGUCACGUGAUGGUAUCAUCCAGGCAAGGAAGAUCGUGGAAUACGAGCAAUCAGAUCGCACUAACUUAUUGAGCCCUUGUCUCGUUACUCCUACUGGUAACUUUAUAGGGUGUGAUGGAAACAAACUUCUUCUCUACAAGAAGACAUUAAUCUUGUAAAUCAUCUAGACUAUCAAAGGAAUCAUAUCGGAUUUGUAAGAGAAAUAUAGACCAGAGAUUUGUUUUCACUUUUACUUCCAUUUCAAUUUACGUCCUUCUAGCUCUAUAUGUACGUGACUACAUUCAUAUACACAUGGCCAUGGUGUGUAUAAUGUUGUAUCGAUCCAUAUCAAAUAGAAAACUGUCGCUAAUGUCCACUCCGUCUAGAUUUAGGUCUGUAAUGAAUGCACUCAGAUCCAAAUAAAUAGUUUACUCGAAACCUGAACAAAAUAAAUGCAAAAUGUGUUAACGAAUUGCCUACUUGAACCAGAUGGUUAUUGUAGAAAAUCUUUUAGAAUGGCUGAAUUCAGAAUUGAACGUGUUAAUAACUGAACUGAUGUUAUUCUCCUAAUAGUGAUCGGAUUAUUCCUCGAUUAAAAUUGCUCUCAGCUUUUAAGGUAUUUGAUUCGAAUCAAUUAAUCAGGACCCCAUUUCAUAAAAAUGUUGACUAUGAUAGCAACUCAUGCUAAAAUGUCAAUUACCAUGACAACAAUAACGAUUCUGGUUCCUGAUUGGCUGAUCCAAUGAAAUUUGAUAUUCAAACUGGAGUUGUUAUCAUAGCCAGGUUUUAUGAAAUGGUACCCUGGUUGAUUUCAUUGUUUUUUUAGUCUGUGGU